AUGCCUCCCAAAGCAACAACCACCUCGGCCAAGGCAGCUUCAAUUCCUAACCGACCGAAAAAUACCGAUAAACAACUCAAUGGUGCACCUGUUGGAGCCGGUGGUAGUGGAGGCAGACCGAGCAAGGAUGCCUAUUCUCAAGAACAAGAACAAUACAAAAGAGAAAUCGAUAGACUGCAAAGUCAAGUCUCUGAAUUGCGCUUGAAAAUCGGUGACCCCAAGACUGGAGGGACUCAUGGUCCUUUGAUCGCACGUCGUAAGGCUUUGCGCGAGGAAAUGGACGCUCUCAGAGAGGAACAAUCCAAGGGGAAAUCUUCCAGGGGCAAGCUGUUGGAUCAGCUGAAAGUUGCAAAUGACAGUGUCCAGCGCAAAAUGAAAGAGCUGAAUGCGAAUCGAGCCAAGUUACCUUACAAAUCAUCAGUAGAAGUAGAUGCGAGAAUUCGACAACUGGAAUCUCAAAUCGAAAGCGGAACCAUGAGAAUAGUGGAAGAGAAAAAGGCACUGAUGGAGAUUCAAAACUUGCGCAAAGCUAGGAAACUAGUCGAUGCUUUUGGACCCCAGCAAGAAAUCAUCGAAGCUGAAAAAGAAAAAGUCGAAGAAUUACGAAAACAGCUUGACGACCCUAAUGGUAAAUCUGCGAAUGAUCGCUGGUCUGAAGUCAAACGCGAACUCGAUCAAAUCAAUGAAAAGUUAGAUGAGUCGAGUAAAUCACGAGACAAAUUAUUCGAAGAAAGGAACAAACUGCAAGAUGCUCUUACUGAAGUUUUCAACAAGAAGCGCGAAUCAGCUACUCGCCACAAGGAGGCUAAUGAGAAGUACUAUGCUAAAAUGCAGGAAGACCAACAACGACGAAUAGACCGACAAAAAGCGGAGCGAGAUGCGCAAGAAAGAGCAGAGAUAGAGCAAGUUCAUAUCGAAAUGCGAGAGCAGGCUGCACUACCAGCUUAUGGACGAGAAAUUGAAGAUUGUCGAACGUUAAUCUUACAUUUCGACAAAUUGAUGGGAAAUGCACCCUCGAUCGAAGAGAGUCCGACCGAAGACCCCAAAUCGACGGCCUCGACCACGUUGCCGAAAAUCAAAGAGAUCAGACAAGUCGACGGGAAAGAUGGAUUCGAGGGAAUGGUGGCCAUCAAGAAGAAGGGUGCCGAGGAGGAAGAAUUUUUCAUGGGUGGUGGGGGUGGGGGUGGCAAGAAGAACAAAAAGAGCAAGAAACCAGCUACCGAAGUGCCCUCCAACAACCAGUCACUCAACUUACCUCUGUCGACUAUCAAUGCCUUGUACGCCCUCGCCGUACCUGUCCCCAUGACCAGAGAAGACGUAGUCAAAACGAUUGCGACAUUAUCCGAGAAGAAAAACUGGUUUACUGAAAAUCAAGCACGGGUGACAAAGGAACGUAUUGCUGAAACAGAGGCCAAGAUUGCGGCUGCCCAAGCCAAAUUCAAAACGACCACGUCUACCCCUGCUGAGCCGAAUGCGGAGUCUGAAUCAGCAACGGUGGAUAAGGAAACGGAAUCCCCUGAUCCAGCUGAACAAGGAGUGCCUAAUGCUUAG